UCUUCACUUAGCGGAUCUUGAUGUUUCUGACUUUAGGUCUCACGACUUACGAAAACACCCGAGGAACGGAUGAAAACGGCAAAGAGAUGUUUUUUGCACCUCAUCGACGAGGCCUAACAAUGUUGAACAUCUGUGUAUAAGAAUGCUGCUUCGACCGCUCAGAUCUCUCAUCAUCAGUCAAGCUCCUUCGAAACAGCAGAGGUGUAAACUUGCUUUGACGACUACUUGAUCUAGAUCAAUCAUCAUGGCGCCCAUGCUAUUGGAAAGACCUGCUGCCAGUACCUGGGAAGGCUUUGGGGAAGCUGAAAAAGGCCUUGAGAACUUCUUCCUGCCUCUUUCGGCUGCAAAGCCUGCCGCCGUUGAACCCAAGCAGGCGACCUCAUCGGCCGCGAGCUCUAUUAUUGAUCUAUUCGAGAGUCAGGUCGAGCAGACACCUCAUGCACCCGCAGUCCACCAUGAGCACAGUGAGCCUCAGAGCUUCGCGGACUUCAACAAGCUCGUGAAUCAGAUCGUCGAGGCUUUGUCCCUGCGCGCCGGGACCAUUGUGCCAAUCUGCAUGGACCCCUCUGUCGAGUUUGCCGCUACUGUCAUUGCGGUCCUCAAGUCCGGGGCUGCCUACACCAUUCUUGAUCCUGCUGGAGCUCCUGACAGAAACCGGUUCAUCGCCGCUGAAGGUGAUUCUGAGGUCGUUAUUGUGGAUGAGAGAUACGCGGCCCCCUUCGAGCAAGCAGUGUCCAUUGAAUCAAUAAUUGCAAAGAUCUCCGCGGAACAAAUCACUGGCGAAGCUCGCAACAAGCCAUAUAUCGACAGAUCGAGCAGAGCCUACAUUGUCUACACUUCCGGAUCAACAGGCACCCCGAAAGGUGUCGUCGUCACCCACGGUGCAGCUUUGGCUGGCAUCCAGUCUUUCUCGCUCAAUGGCAAAGCUCGCUGGCUGCUUUUCUUCAAUCCUAUCUUUUCUGCGGCGCAGCGCACCAUUUUGGCCACUCUCUCCAAGGGAGGUUGCCUUUGCUUGGCCAGACGGGACCGAUUGACGACUUCUCUGAAAGACACCAUUGAAAAGAUGCAGAUUGAUGCUCUUGGAAUUACGCCCUCAACUCUGGCCCUUCUGCCUGCGGAUGACGUGCCUCGCUCGCUUCGGCAAAUUACCACCGUUGGCGAGCCUGCUAGCUCAACUUUGAUCGACUUGUGGGCGGACAAGGUUGUCCUCCGUGUCUCAUACGGUUUGAGCGAAUGCGCUCAGCUCAACUUCUCCACACAAGUGCACAAGGGAAGCAACCCCCGCAACGUCGGAAAGCCGUCGGAUACCACCACCGCCUAUCUUUUGCAGCCAGGCACCACCGAGCUUGUUGCUCAGGGUGAGAAGGGAGAAUUGUGCUUGGCCGGUCCACAACUUGCAGAUGGCUACCUCAAGCGGCCGGAGCAGACUGCCGAACGCUUCAUUAAGAACCCAUUUGGCGAGGGUCGCAUGUACCGUACCGGUGAUCUUGCGCUUCAGCACGAGAACGGCACUUUUGAGAUCGUCGGCCGAAUCGAUAACCAAAUCAAGAUCUACGGUCAGAGACUCGAACCUGGUGAGGUUUCAGCGGUUCUGGCGAAGAACCAUGGAGUUGUUGCUUCCGGAGUCGUGGCCGCCGUCGUUGACGGCGAGAAGUCGCUUGUUGCGGCUAUUGUCCCCGCUGAGGAUGUUGAAUGGAGCGCAUUGGUCAAGGAACUUCGUGAGCAGGCCCGCGCGGCAUUGCCCUCAUACAUGGUUCCGAGCUACUGGCUUCACUUGGAUGCCCUCCCCACCAACCCCAACGGCAAAGUAGUCCCUGCCUUGAUCACCAAGGCGGCAGAAGAGACGCCCAAGAUGGACAUGCUGGGACGUGCAGCCCACCAUUCGUUGUCGGAGGAAGACCGUGUGGUUGAGGAGGUCGAAGUGCAAAUCCGGGAUGCUUGGUCCGAAGUUCUCGGCAUGGCUGCCGAGUCGAUUGGUCGGCAAGACACUUUUAUCCAUCUCGGUGGCAGCUCUAUCCAGGCCAUUCGUAUCAUCAACGACCUCCGUCGCGUUGGUAUUUUGCUGGAGCUGCCCGACCUCCUUGGUCCGAACAACCUAUCACAGAUUCGUGGCCGUGUCAAUCUGGUUGAUCCUGACAGUGUCGAUGACGAUGGCCCGGUCCGCGUGGCUCCUUUCUCUCUGAUCAAGGAUGAAUCUGUGGCUGCAUCGUUGAGCUCUGACCGCAACAUUGAGGACGCCUACCCCCUCACAGCUCUGCAGGAAGAAUUCUUCUCUGCCAUUCUCCGCGGAAACCAGAUCUACCUUUACCGCCGUUUCUGGAACGUGAGCCACUUGGACAUUGACCGACUUAAGCUGGCCUUCAAGAUGGUCUUCUCGCUCUAUCCCAUCUACCGCACGACGGUGAUCCAGACGGAAGCCGGUCUCAUUCAGACCGCCAGACGAGACGUGACUCUGCCUUGGAAAGAAUAUGAAAUGUCUUUGCCCGAAUACGAAGACCUGGAUCGUAGCAUUCCAGUUGAGCUAGGCAGCCUGAUGUUCCGCAUGGCCCUCAUCAACCGCGAAACUCUAGUGGUGUCUAUGCAUCACACAAUCUUCGACUUCUGGGCCCACCGUUUCCUCUAUGAGGAUGUUGCAAGACUCUACAGCGGUCUUGACCUCGUUCCCAGACCGGCAUAUACAAAUCUGAUCCACCACCACCAGCAGGUCGACAAGGAGGCAGAGGACGCCUUCUGGAAGCCAUACUUGGCCGAAGCACCUCCAACCAUCUUGAACCACGCUCCUCCUGCUGGCCGCCGCUGGACCGGACAGCACCUCCCAAUCAACCUUGACAAGGCUGCUGCACCUCUUGGUCUCACUACUGCAACUCUCAUUGACACUGCCUGGGCCCUUGUGCUCACGCACCACACCGGCCAGACCGAUGUCACUUGGUCUAUGCUUAUCUCGGGCCGCGAUGUGCCUGUCAAGGACGUCGAAAGAGUCAAUGGACCUGCUCUCCUUGUCAUUCCCCAGCGUCUCAAGGUUGACACAAACACCACGCUCAGGGAAAUCAUGCAGGCCGUCUCCACUGAUUUCUGGGAAGUUCUCAAGCACGGCCGUGUUGGUCUGACCGAGUCUCUGGCAGCAGCUGGUCAUAAACAGGGACACAUUGACACCUUGAUCAACAUCUUGGUCCGUGACACUGAGGACCCCGACUUCCAAAAGGAGGUCUUCAAGCAGCACGGACCGAGACAAAUCUCCCAGACAGAGUUCUCCAUGAUGGAGGCUCAAGCCAAUGGUGAUGGCUACGAUUUCCGACUUACGACCGACAUUGAGGAGGAUCGCGCCCAACUCAUUGUUGACCAGACCGCCAACACUGUGCGCGCUCUCAUUGAGCAGCCUGAUCUGCCUUUCAGCCAGUUGAAAUUUUAGAUGAAGGGCUAUUAAAUUGACGCGAAGCUCGGCGCCAUCAUCUUGGCGUGCCACGAAUUUCCUUUGACACUCUUUUUUCGUUACUCAUAGACUUGUCUUUCUUCGG